AUGGCUCCGCGGAAGUGCUUAACCCUCGAGCAAAAGGUAGCGCUCAUCCGCGCUGUGGAAAAAGGUGAGAAGAGCAAAUCUGUCAUCGCCAAGGAGUUCAACAUACCGGCGUCAACGCUGUCGACCAUUCUGAAGAACAAGCAGGACGUCUUCAACGGUUUCGAGAAGAAUUUCUCAAGCAAGAUAAAGCGUGAUCGAGGUUCAAAGUAUCCAGAGGUGGAAGUUGCCCUACUUGAGUGGUUGAAGAACGCCAGGUCUGCGAACCUCCCUGUGCACGGACCCGUGCUCAUCGCAAAGGCGGAGGCGCUAGCUUUGCAAUUGGGUAUGCCGGACUUCAAAUGCAGCAAUGGCUGGCUCGAGCGCUUCAAAAAGCGGCAUGCUGUACGAAGCACACCCAUCAACGGUGAAAGUGGUGCCGUGAACCAGGACACCGUGGAUACAUGGCGACGAAAUCGGCUUGUGGAACUUCUAGAAGUGUACCCGGACAGGGAUAUUUACAAUCUUGACGAAGCUGCGUUGUUCUACAAACUCCUGCACAAGCGGACGUACACAACUGCGGACGGCUCUUCGUCAGGCGCCAAGCAAAGCAAGGAACGCAUCACUGUCCUCUUUGGAGCUAAUGCUACUGGGGACGACAAACUGCCGUUGCUAAUACUGGGCAAGGCUGGAAAACCGCGCUGCUUUCGUGGCGCAACUCUGCCCAAGGACUGCGUCUACAGGAGUAACAAGCGUGCUUGGAUGACAGCAGCCAUCUUCGAGGACUACGUACUCUUCAUCAUCGACAACUGCCCGAGCCACGGCAAAAUUGAAAAUCUUAAGGCCAUUACUGUGGAGUUCCUGCCAGCCAACACCACGUCCGUUUUGCAGCCUAUGGACCAGGGCAUCAUUGAAAUGACGAGGAGGCUGUACCAGAAAAGCCUUCUUCAGCGUAUGUUGCUUGCGUACGACUGUAACAAGGGCUACAGCAUUGAUCUCCUUGGUGCAAUUCAUCUGAUUUGCCGUUCGUGGAGGGACCUGGAAGGAGCAAAGAUUGCGAAUUGCUUCGUGCAUGCGGGUUUUUGCCGCGUACGUGCGACGGCUCAGCCAGUCGAACUGGAUGACAGGGAGGAAUCUGAGAGCCUCUACAGAAGAGUGCAUGAUCUUGUGGGGCAAGAAGUGGAUGGUUAUUUCGACUCCUUUGCGCGAUUGGAUACGAACGUUCCGGUCGUCAGUCCUGUGACGGAUGUCGAAAUUGUGGACAUCAUCGUCGGUCACAUGGACGUCGACGAAGGAGCCUCGGAGGACGAGUCUGAGGGACCUUGUGAAAUCCCUACGGCAGCGCGGACACGCAAUAUGUUGCGGUUGAUUCGCAACAAAGUAGAGUGCAGUGGCGGUGACUACGAAUUGAUGACGUGCCUGAGGAAACUCGAGGAACGACUCCUUGCGGGGGCCAGGCCACGCGACAAACCCAACUAA